AUUUGUUGUUAUACGAAUUCCUUCUAGUAUGAUUGUGUACGCACGUGUCGCGACCAGUUUGUUUUAAGUGUCACUGCAAUACCACCACUACGGCGGACCUGGAACGCUGCUAGUGGCGUGCUAUUGUCUAUAUCCCGAAUUCAGACAGAAUGCAAAUUCCAAACAAUUUGCUGCGGAUAAUUUUCAUGCUGUCAACAAUUGUCGCAGUUACAGAUUGUUGUUCUAGCCGAAUUUUAUUCCUCAGGGAACAGACCUUUAAUAUAAUACAACAACACAAAAUGCAACAACACCCACAACAGAACAAUGAUCACCAUCAACCGGUCAACGAGAAAUACGAGCAACACGUUUACAGCGGCAGUGCCGCAACGGCCGAGAAAAUAUUCAACAAAAAUCACACAAAUGUAAACAGCGACGAUGAGUCAACUUCUGGAGAUGAACAGUCGGCCAACGAUGGGUCAGGUACCGAAACCGCAUCCCAUCUUGAUCGGCCACCGCCGAUCAUCAAUGACAAUGCUACUGGUCAGACUCGGAAAAACUCAUCGGACAACGCUGAGACAAUAACGGAUCCCACUGUGACCAGGGAAAAGUCCGGAUUUGACUAUUGGGAUAUGUAUUAUAGCAUAAUGAGCAAUGUCUUAUCUAUACCCUGCACUGGUGAAUUUCUAACUGAGUUCUGCUUGAACGGUGGUCGGUGUUUUAGCUACCCCAUUGGAAACCACAGUUUCUUUUCGUGUGAAUGUGCGGACGGCUAUGUAGGUGAACGUUGCGAAUCGAAAAACGGGGUUUUUGUGGCCACAUCUGCGUUGGACUCCAAUCAACCAAAAAUUUUGACGGCUCGCGUUGUGUUUUCGUUCCCGAUGCUAAUUUUUCUCACCGUGACUUAUUUGUUUUUCGGCAUGGCCAUUGUGUUCAAAUGUCAGUCGCCGCUAAGGUAUAAAUAUGCGCCCAACAAUUCCCGAGCAGCCGGCCUGCUUUGUACGUGA